AUGGCGGCGACAGAGAGGAGCUUGUCCCUCUGUUGUCAUUAUUUUAUCGUUCUGUUUGCAGUUUCUCAGGGAUUUAACUUUGAUGCUAGAUUUUCUGUGAUAAAGAAAGGACCUAAAGACAGUUAUUUUGGAUUUUCAGUCGCUGAACACCAAAUUGUAGACGAAGUCUCGAGGGAAUUAUUGCCAAAAGGCAAUGUGUUAUUAAUAGGUGCACCAAAGAUAGACGGACCACGUGCUAUAAAUGUUAAAAAGAGUGGAGGCGUGUUCUCGUGCCCAGCUGAUUCUACCCGGGAGGAUGACUGUAAACAGCUCAUCAAUGAACCAUUCGAUAUCGUCCCAGACUCGAAUGAAAACAUGACGGACCAGUGGUUAGGUGUAGUGGUGCAGAGUCAAGGGAAAGGCAGAAAUGUUGUGGUGUGUGCUCACCGCUAUGUGUGGAACAACAAUGGACUGGGUAUGUGCUACACGCUGCUGCAGACACUGGACUACCAGGAAAAAUGGCGGCCGUGUAUCGGACGGCCAACUGAACAGCUACACCGACAGUUUGGUCUCUGUCAGGCUGGAGUCAGCUCCAUGCUAGCACAUGAUGAUGGAUUUAUUAUUGGUGCUCCAGGGUCGUUUGAUUGGAGAGGUGUUAUUUUCAAGUCUAACGUCAGCGAUGUUUUGGGGACAGACAAGCAGUUCUAUGUGAGUCCCGUUCCUAAAGAGAAGAGUACACUGACCGUCAACCCCACAGAAGAUCCUCCCAUUGACAAAUACGGAUACCUUGGUUAUUCUGUAACGACUGGAACUUACGAUAAAAGCCUAUCACGAUACUAUGUGUCUGGGGCCCCGAGAUCUAGUGAAACAGGAGAAAUUGUUCUAUUCACUCAAGUGCCUGGACAGGAUCUUCGAUAUGCUAAAAACCAAAUCAUCAAAGGACACCGUGAUUUUUCAGCCUUUGGACACAGUCUCCUCACCAUUAACCUGAACGGUGAUAGGUUUGAUGAUCUUGUUGUGGGAGCACCAUUUUAUAAUUCUAAAAAUGUUGGAGGUGCCAUUUAUGUCUAUUUAGGAGGUGGAAAUUCGUUCAACAAGUACACAGAGUAUGUUGAGAUUCUGAGUCGUACUAUGAACGACGUCGAGUGUAAGGCUCUGGGCUGUGAACACGCCAGGUUCGGCUUCAGUCUGGCCAGUGCCGGAGACGUCAAUCAAGAUGGUUUCCAAGACUUUGCUGUUGGAGCACCAUAUGAAGGCAAUGGAGCUGUUUACAUUUUUCACGGGUCUGACAAAGGUGUAAUGAAGAAAUAUGCUCAGCGAAUCGAUUCCAAGGAUAUGCCAGCUGCAGGAUUGUCUACGUUCGGCUACUCGCUAUCCGGCGGUCUCGAUCUCGAUGGUAACAGCUAUCCGGAUCUCCUCGUCGGUUCAUACGGCUCCGACCAGAUUGCUCUGCUCCGCACUCGACCGAUCAUUCACCUCAUCUCCAAGCUGACCAUCACCCCCAAGAUGAUCGAUCUGUCAAAGAAUCCGAGGUGUGACAAUGACAACACCAAUCGGCACUGCGUUGUCAUCGAAAUGUGUUUGGGAUUCACCGCCGAGCCCAAGGAUAGCUUCAACACUCGUCCAUUUGUCAAGUAUAGAAUCGAGGCGGAGAAAUCACGCAGCAUUCCCAGAGUGGAGAUGAAGACUCCGAAAGACGUGAACAAACGAAUUGUAGAAAACACAGUCCGUCUGUACAAACAAACAAGGUCUGACCUCAAGUGUGUGACAGAGAUUGCCUACUUGAAGGAUUCGUUUCCUGACAAGUUAAAUCCUCUGACGUUUGAGAUCACAUACUCGCUGGAGGAGAAGGCUUACACUCGGCCAAGUCCCGGUGCCCCUCUCACCGACAUCAAUGAGUACCCCAUCCUCGCCACCGACUUCGAGGACACCGACCUCGAAUCAACGUCCGUCACGGCCAUGGUGGACUUUCACAAGGAGUGUGGUGACGACAACAAAUGUGACAGCAAUCUUCAGUUUGCAUUUGGCCUUGGUUUACCAGUUGAUAAAGAUCGGGUGCAUGUGUUGAGUAUGGGGGAGGAGACCGUCAUCUACCUGACCCUGAACAUCACCAACCUGGGAGAAUCGGCAUACCUCACCAAGGUUUACAUCGAGAAACCAGAGACGCUCGAGUACCAAGGAACAGAGACACUCAAUGCUACAAAUUCAGAAACGUCGGUCAAGUGUGAGCCUGUGAAGAACAACGCCUCGCUGAUUGAGUGUGAGGAGAUCGGCAACCCUCUUCCAGAGAACCACCGAGUGGACUUCCGCAUCAAGCUCGAUCCAUCCAACCUGCAGCCCUCGGAUAAAGCUCUCAACCUCAUGGCCUGGGUCAACACGUCAAGCAUAGAAAAGACACCAGAAAAUGAUAAAAUACACAUCCCGUUUCGGGUGAUCAUCCGAGCCGAUAUGACGCUGAAUGGUAUUUCCAGCCCUGAUUAUCCAAUCACGUACAAGGGAGAGCCACGUGGCGAAAGUGCCAUCAAGAUUGAGGACGAGAUAGGACCAGCUAUUAACCACACGUUCAGUGUUAUCAACUUUGGGCCUGGAACAGUGUCUGCCUCCAAACUGACGAUCUACUGGCCGUAUGAGGUGAAUGGUGGACCGGGAAACGGAAAACACCUUCUUUAUCUGAUGCAGUCGCCAUUGGUGAUGAGUGGACCAGCCGAGUGCAUUCUGAAUCCCAAGAUCAUCAAUCCACUGGGAAUAAAGGAAAAUCCAGAUUUCAUCAUUCGACCUCCAAGAAGAAAUACUCGAGGUGGGGUUUCUGAAAUAAAAAGUGUGGAUUCUACGCCAUUGGUUAAUCCUGCCUCUGACGUGGUGCGUAAACGCAGAGAAAUUGUGCAAGUACGAUCUAAGCGACAGGAUGACAAAAAUGAUGUAACUUUGGACUGCAAGAGGAACACUGCGAAGUGCCAUGUUAUAAUUUGUAGUAUCGGUGAACUGAAGAGUGAUGCUUACGUCACGGUUCUCCUCCGUGGUCGACUGUGGGAGUCCACACUGUUGCUGGAUUUCAAGUCUGUGAAUGAAGUGAAGAUUCGAUCAAGAGCUGAGCUGUACAUUGACCCAGCGUUAAACAUUGAGUCGAAGCAACUAAACACCAUUAAUUAUGCUAUAACGAAGGCAAUGCCCGACAUAAAAGACCAGCCAGGGAAGGGAAUUCAGUGGUGGAUUAUAUUGGUAGCCGUCCUUGUUGGAGUUUUGCUGUUAGCUGGACUAAUCUUGUUGCUAUGGAAGCUUGGAUUUUUCAAGAGGAAAAAGCCCGAGGAUAUGCAGACAUUUAAAGUUGAGGUUGAGAAGAAGAAAGAUUUGGAAGACGAUCAGAACUUUUAGUAAUUCUGUGUUACAACAAUAUCAAGUUUGAAACAUUCCCUUGUAUCAGUGUGUGCUUGUAAGAUUUCGUGACAAAUUAGCAAGAAUUUACAUCUCUGUGUGUGAUGUCUGAAAGCCAUGAAAGAAAAAUUGCUUUCAAAGUCUGUUUCAAAAUGUUAAAAUGUGUGCCUUACUAAAAACUUACAGAGAUAAUUGUCAGAUACACUGCAAACAUUUGUGUUAUAAUAGAUAGGUAAGGUGUGUGGUUAGUGUGUUAGAGAUUUUUGAUUAUACCAUAACUGCCCUUUAGACCUUCUGAUUCUUCGGAAUACUGCAUACACAUGGAACUCAUUUUUAAUGUGUAGGUGCUGCAAUAUACUUUUAAUUAAAAAUAACAUGACAUGUCCUGCUUGAAUAAUUUGAAUAUAUUAUUUGAAAAGACACACACUAAAAACUCCGAACACCAGUUAUUUUGGACAUUAUUAUAUAUAUAAGAGAUUUAAUGUUUAAAAUGCUUAUUAGGCAUUCCAUGUUUAAAUUUGAUUUUGCAAAUUGACUUGUUAUGCUGCUGAGACUGCUCGCUCUGUUUGAACAACUUGGAAUAGUGAUGUAUCUAUGUGUGUAUUAAACAAUGGCUAGUAGGGAUAAUGACUUGCAUGUGUAUAUAUUAAGAAGCGUUUUGAAAUAUUAGCUAGUUAGUGUGUAUUUGAAUCUACAACUUUUAAUGUUUUUCCAAUCCUAAGUGCUCACAAAUGAACCUAGUUCAGAUGUAAAUAUUUGUCAUCGGUCAUAUUUAACUGUAGUGAAACCAAAGUUAUGGUGUAUGUUACAUGUUGAGCUAUCUGGAACUGAACAGAAUUUUGUAGUUAAAAAUACUCUUUUUUUUUGUUGCUUUUUUUUAAUGCAAGGGCUUCCUAUAAGAUGAAGAAACGGCUGCUACUACCAUGCAGUGAUUAUUUUAUCUUUUAUCUUAGUGGAAAGAAAUACCUAGAAAAACCAGUGUUUGCAGAUAAGGAGAGGUAUAUACAUCAUGAUUAUAGAUGAUACAAUACACACACCUUUAGGGUGGGGUAAAGUGAGGGUUCAGGCAUAUAUUUAAAGAAAAAAGACAAAUAUUUUGUGAUGUUGUUGCCCCCUAUUUUCUUAUGAUAAUCUUAACUUUUCAGAAUUAGCUGCAUGACCACCUCUCAACCCAGCUGAUCAUAAUUAAUUUUAUGUCGGUGUAGGAACAAACUUUUACCAACAAUAACCCAUUACACUUUUGUUUCUUCCAAGUUUGUUUUCAACCUAAUAUAAAUCAGGAACAUCAUGUGUUGUGUUUAAUGAUUCUAGUUGUGAUUAACUUCAAUAUCUUAUGUAUGAAAUAUAUUUUGAUAUCACACCGUUUGUAGUGCAAACAACCAGUCCAAGAGAGAAAAUUAGUAUUUUAUUUUAUGUUUAUAUAUUCAUAUGUUUAUCAACAGAAGUAAAUACCAGAAAUUUGCUUCAUUUUGAUUUGAUUAAUAUUCAUUGGUUAUCAAAAUUGCUUUACAUCAGUAAAUUGCGAUAAUUCAUUGCUCCUGUGUACCCAGGUUCUGUACCAUCAGGGUAAUUUAGUAUGUGGAUAGUAAUUUUGUGUUUUCCUAAUCAUUCCUACUCUUUUCUUUAAUCAGUCCUAUUGAUUUUUUUGUCUUUGUGAAAUUUAAAACUGACGAUUACCCUCAAUUCUGUUAUUCUGUUCAAUGAAUCUUCUAAACCUUGUGAUCUUUUGGUGUCUUGAUGUUCUGAUCAUUCUGAAGUAUGUAUUAAUAAAUCAGUUGUACACAGUUAAUUGGCUAUCAACAUAACUGCACAGUGGAGUGUUGCUGUGUUGUUUUUUAACCUCUUCAUGACAUAGGAGGUCGAAGCCCAACGAUGAAUCGUAACGGCCUUUCCCUACUUGACAGUGUCGCACAUGGAAAGGUAGGUAAAGCCUUUUAGUGUUACAGUCUCAGUGAAACCCAGCUACUUGCAGCUAUAAAAUUCUGUCUCAGGAUUUGGGUGUAACAUGGCUUUUACAGUCACCAAACCUGUUAAAUUUUAGUAGAGCAUUUGUAGCUUUGCAGUAUCAAUAUUAAAUAUUUUUAAUUAUGAUAUCCACCCCCUCCCCCAGUGGAAAUUCACUUAUGGUCCACAUAAUAGCAAAUUCUAAUACAUGGGUUAAAUAUGUACUUGGUGAAGUCUAAGAUACAUAUAUGAGAUGUAACAAAAGAUGUCUUAGAUGUCAUGAAUGACUGCAUGAAUGACUGCUCUAAGUUAUAACAUGGUGCUAUUUACCUCAGUUUUACUCCGUGCAUUGUCUAUAGGAUCAUGUAGUUUAGUUUUAUGCAUAUUGAAUACAAGCUUGUGUGAAUAAAAACACAUCAUGGAGUUGGUCACAUACUUCAAAUUUUCAUACAGAUCUCCUAAGUUCAUAACUGUCAAAAAUAGUCUGAAUCCCCAUAAAAGUCAAAGUUGGUCAGUAACUGUAUUUGAUAAAGCUAUACACUACAAUUCAGAUUAAUAUCUUGAGGCAUUGUGGGGAAAAAAGUCCAGAAAACUAUAUUUGGGACAGACAGACGGACAUGGACAAACAUACAUACAGUGUACAGACAGAUAGAGACCAAACAUAUAAUCCCCUUGAUUGAAUUGGUAGGGGACAAAUAACAUGUUCCAUUUUUAGCUUAAAAGGUUGGAGAAUGUCUUUUAAAAGUGAGCCUUAACUGAAGAAGAUCGGUUUAUAUAAAUUUCAAGUCGUCAGUCCAUAUGACUUGUUAGUAGUGUGCUGUAUAACUGUGUUGUUAUUGUACAUUUGUGACGUCAUACAAACUUGUUGUAUAGUAAGUAUAGUGUUUAACUAUGGACAUUUCUUAUGAUCUGGGUUGGGUUUUUUUUUCAAAUGUAAACUAAAAAUUUCAUGCAUCAUUAUCUGAAUCAAGGAUGCGAUAAUUUGUUUGAUACAUAGUUUGUGACACCCAAUAGCCGAUAUGUAUUUUUGUCCUGGGGUGUCGUUAAACAAACAUUCAUUUGAUACAUAGUUUGCUUAGUGCUUGGUAAAAGAUAGAGAACUUGCUAUUGAAUACAAUUUUGGGCACUUGAUUUAACAUUUAAUGUGAGAAAUCCUGUAUUAGAAAAAGCUUUUCCAUUUGUUUUAUUUGUGAAAUAUUUUUCUUUAACCAAGAACAAUCAUGGUUCACAUUGCCCACUUUAGUAUAUAAGACAUUAUAUGCACAAGUUGUAUACAGUCAUUUUCUAAUUACACUGUUAACUAGUAAUAUUAUAAUUUUUAUAUUUAUAGUUAUCAUCAUUUUCUCCUACCCUACUAGUAUUUGUAAUAUAUGGUGUAUUCUUGCUUAGCUUUAUGUUCGUUUGUGGCUUUUUAAAAAUAUGUGACAAUAGUGGACAGUUUUUGUUAUAUCAGUACCAUGACGGUCAAAGUUUGAACUGUAAAUAUUGAACUAGGUAGUAAAACUUGUAUGUACAUGUAUAUAUUAUUAUUUUAAUGUUUGUGAUGUUCUUCCAUUUAUGCCAUUUUGUAUAUUCAGUACAUAUUAAGUGUGUGACAUUUUUUGUGAACUGGUGCUUGUGUCUGUACCCCAUGUAAAAGAAAGAAAAAAAAGAAAAAAAAACGUACAAAAAAAAGUAAAUAUUAAAAUUAAUCCUUAUUAAAUAGCCAUAUUGAUAUUGUAUCACCAUUAUAUGCUUUUUGUUUUCUUCAUAUUACAAGUUUAGGCCAAACAAAAUAAAUUUCUGGUCUCUGGUCCAGCACGUGUUGAUCUUGACCCUUCGCGUCAGUUUAAAAAAAAAUUAUUUCCCGCAGUAUGACGUCAAUUUUUUCCCUAGGCUUUUCUUGCUAACUGCAUUUGGAACCAAAAUACCAUCGCACAUAAACUAGGACAUGCAUUCUGAUAUCAAUUUAAAUAUGCCCCUUAUUUUGAUAUCAGAUACACCCAUCUUUUGUCUGCAAUCCAUUCUUUAAAAAAAAAUGAAUUGUAAAAAAAAAAAGAGCCACAUUGCGGCAUCAAUUCUGGAACUUGGUCUGACCAGAGACCAACUUUUGUUUGUUUUUUCGCUCUAUGUGUAUGUAUAAUUUAAGUUUGUAUAUGUGUUAUAAAAUGUCCAAUUAGUCUGUGCUAAUGUUUUGAAACAUAAUCAUAACAUUAUGUUGGCACAUGUAAGAAUUAUUUACUAUUUACAUUUUGUUUAUUUUAUUGUGAGAUCCUAAGCUAAUUAUUUGGAUUUAAAUUCUUCACUUGCUAAUGUCCAGCACAACUUUAAAUGUGUUGUGAAACACUUUUUGGAGUGAUUGUCAUAAGAUAUUAUAAUUUUAUGAUUAAGUAGCCCUUCUUUGAAUUUAUUGUUGAUUUACCAACUAUAUGGUUCUGGACGAUAGUUCUGGACGACCUUUAUCUGUGUAUUUGAAAGUGUUCUGGAAUAUGGAAUAUACUCUUGAGAUAAACAAAGAAUGAAGAAUGCAUUCAUGAGUGGAUUCCUGUUCUCAAAUCCCACACUAUAUCACCUGGUGGUGUGACGACAACAUCAUGGUUUGUGAACACACUUUUCAAUACACUGUAUGAUUUAACACAGAGUGUUUGAUUGGCUGAUAUUUGACAUGACUAUAAUAGCAUUACUGAUCAUGUGAUUUCUUUUCAACUUGGCCUGACCUCCGAUUUAUCUCGGUCUGAAAAUAUAAAACACAUUUGCACUUCGAAGUGAAAGAUUCCAAUUAACAAACAGCCACUGAAAAAUGAACGUUAACAACAAAACAAGAUAGUGGAUACAGUUAAUUAUAAACAAGUAAAGAUUGAAAAGUGUGAAUAAAAUACACUUAAUAAAUGAUAAAGAAUGUGAAAUAAAAACAAAAUAGGGAUGAGAAAGAUGUGGAUUGCUAAAUCUAUGGCCAAACAACACCCAAACUCAAAGAUCAAAACCAGAUGACUUGGAUUGAUCAAAAAGCAAACCAAAACAUAUUCAGACCAUAAGAGCAAAGGAGAAGGAAGAAAUCAUGGGAAGCGAAGCUCUGGAUAUUAUGGGAGAUUUUUUAGUCAAUCAGCUGUUAUCAUAUUUGGAUCAGUUCACUUGGAUAAGGUAGAAAGUGCAAUUGGUCAGAGGUCAGGCUAAGUAUUCAAAGAGAAAAUGAUGCCAGUUUUGUUCGUUUUGUUUCUGUAGCUGCUGCUUCUGCUUCGAGUGACCAGACACCAGCAUUGAGAUACGCUCUCCACAUUGUACAGCUUAUUGUGUGCUUGCUUUCUGUGUGUGCCUUGUGUGACAGUGUGGCUCACUUUCAUCAUUCACCGUUAGCACACCCUCCUCCAUUACCUGUAAUCAUUACAUUCAGUUUCAACUUCGUACAAACAGUAGGGGUCAUUCACAGGUAUCAUUUUCACUAGGGUAUAAAGUGUGUGCUAACCCCACCCAACUUAUACUCGGUCAUAAAAUUGUUUUUGAUUUACACAGGAUAUUUUUAUUGCCUUUUUUUUACACAAAGCAUACACAUUUUUGUCACCCCUCCCACCCCAGUUAAAAGGUACAUUUAAAAAAAAACCCAAAACCCCUUGAUUUUUUCUGAAUGUUUUUGAUCAACAUGUAUAUUGUACAAGGUUCAUUCAGAUGUAAAAUGCAAGAUGGCACUUAAAGCUUCUGAUGGAUAGUUGAAAGGUUGCGAUUUUCAUGCUUAAUAUUAAUGGAUAAAUGGAUUUUAUGAAACGUUUCUUGCUAUGUUAAUGCAUUAUGGCCAGUGAUUAGGUGAAAUUGUACUUGCUUGUUUCAUAAUAGCUGAAUGCAUUAAUUUGGAAGAGGUGGUUUUCAGUAGUAUUCUGAUCAGAGUUGUUACUGUUUGGUGAAUAAAGACUUCCAAGGCCUGCUUUCCAUUAGUGCUAUUCAACACGUGAUUACUUGUGUGCAAUUCCACCUUUCAAUAUCUGCAUUGUGUACAGGCAGAUUCCUAUACACAUUACUUUGUUUUCUUUAUCAAUGUUUAAUAAUACUUAUAUCAGAUACUUACAAUCAAGGCCUUUUUACGUCUGCAGAAAUGUUUUUCCAUGUUUGUGAAUAUAAUUUUAUUUCUUUGAUCCCUACAACGUAGUAGAACGUUUAUCAACAUGUUCUAUUGUUCCUGUACAGUUAGUACAAAAGAUUUGGACAAUGAUCUUCUGAUUGAAGAAGACCGGCCUCGGUGGCAUUGUGACAGGCCAUCGGUCUACAGGCUGGUAGGUACUGGGUUCGGAUCCCAGUCGAGGCAUGGGAUUUUUAAUCCAGAUACCGACUCCAAACCCUGAAUGAGUGCUC